AUGGCGAUAGACCGGCGACGCGAAGCGGCUGGCGGAGGCCGGCAGCUGCCCGAGGAGAACGGGUCCCUGCCGGCCGGGGAGGCGGGCUCGGCGGCGGCGGCAGCGGCAGCAGCGGCAGCGACGCUGGCGGUGGCUCCCCCCGCGCCCGCGGAGAUCCAGACCCUGCCGCCGCCCGCCGCCGGCUCCUGCAGCCCCCUGCUGCUGGACUACGAUGGCUCGGUGCUGCCUCUCCUCGGCGGGCUGGGCGGCGGGUACCAGAGGACCCUGGUGCUGCUCACUUGGAUCCCGGCGCUUUUCAUCGGCUUCAGCCAGUUCUCGGACUCCUUCCUGCUGGACCAGCCCGACUUCUGGUGCCGGGAGGCGGACGGGCAGGGCAACGGGACGGGCCACUUGACCCGGGGCCCCGCGAACCACAGCCAGAGCAGCGGCGCCGGGAUGCUGGGGACCCCGGCGCUGCCCACCCCGCCGCCGGGAGACAACGCCAGCCAAUGCCACUGCCACGAGUGGCAGUACCGGAUCCGGGCCGGCCUCGUCCAGAACAUCGUGAGCAAGUGGGAUCUUGUUUGUGAAUCUUCCUGGAAAGUCCAUAUUGCUAAAUUCUCCCUACUGGUAGGCUUAAUCUUUGGCUACUUGAUAACAGGAUGUAUAGCUGACUGGGUUGGUCGACGGCCAGUGCUACUCUUCUCGGUCAUAUUCAUUCUUAUAUUUGGACUGACUGUGGCUCUCUCAGUAAAUGUGACAAUGUUCAGCACGCUCAGGUUUUUUGAAGGGUUUUGCCUGGCUGGAAUAAUCCUCUCCCUGUAUGCACUGCGAAUAGAACUCUGUCCUCCUGGGCACCGCUUCAUGGUCACCAUGGUGGCAAGCUUCAUUGCAAUGGCAGGACAGUUCCUCAUGCCAGGGCUGGCUGCCCUCUGCAGGGACUGGCAGGUUCUCCAGGCGGUCAUCAUCUGCCCUUUCCUACUGAUGCUGCUUUACUGGGUUAUUUUCCCGGAGUCCCUUCGGUGGCUGAUGGCUACACAACAAUUUGAGGCAUCCAAGAAACUUAUUCUUCACUUCACUAACAAGAACGAGAUGAACAUUGAAAGUGAUAUCAAAGGAGUGAUGCCCGGACCCUUGCCUCACUCAGUGCACAGGAUGGAUGAUACUCCUGGAAUGAAGCUGUUGUCUGUAGGAUCCCUACCUCAUUUGUUGCAGAAGUUGGAAGAGCUGGAGAAGGAGCUUACCAGGAGGCCCAAGAAGGUCUGCAUUGUUAAAGUGGUGGGAACCAGGAACCUGUGGAAAAACAUUGUAGUAUUGUGUGUGAACUCGCUGACCGGAUUUGGGAUACAUCACUGCUUUGCAAAAAGCAUGAUGGGUCAUGAAGCGAAGAUGACGAUCACCCACAAUUUCUAUGCAGACUACUAUACCAUGGCAGGGAUUGCUCUGGCAUCCUGCCUGGCUAUGUGCCCAGUCGUUGGGUUUCUAGGGCGAAGAGGAGGACUGCUGCUGUUCAUGAUUCUGACAGCUCUGGCAUCGCUUCUACAGUUAGGUCUUCUCAACUUGAUUGGAAAAUAUAGUCAACUUCCAGACUCAGGUAUGAGUGACAGCGUCAAGGACAAAUUCUCUACUGCAUUUUCCAUUGUGGGUAUGUUUUCAUCGCAUGCUGUUGGAAGUCUUAGUGUUUUCUUCUGUGCUGAAAUCACACCAACAGUAAUAAGGGGAGGUGGACUUGGACUUGUCCUGGCCAGUGCAGGCUUUGGUAUGCUGACUGCACCUAUAAUGGAGCUUCAUAACCAGAAAGGCUACUUUCUGCACCAUGUGAUCUUUGCCUGCUGUACGCUCAUUUGCAUCAUCUGUAUUCUUCUCUUGCCGGAGAGCAAGAACCAAAACCUGCCUGAGAACAUCCCAGACGGCGAACACUACACCAGGAAGCCCCUCCUGCCACACAAGAAAGGGGAGCAGCCCCUGCUUCUAACAAACUCUGAACUCAAGGAUUACUCUGGCCUCCACGAUUCAUCAGCUGUGGGCGACGGGGUGUCCGAGAAUACCACUGCCAAUGGGAUGUAACUGGGCAGAUUUAUUUUUAUUUUAUUUUAUUUUUUGGGAGAAGGAGCACUUCGGGUGGGGGUGUUUUGCAUGGGUUUGCAGACCAGUGAUGGAACAGAUGGAUACAUGGGGGAAUUCAGCUCUGCUGCUAAAGCCACUUAUUGUAGGAAUUUUCAACUGGUAUACAAAUUACUUUUGAAAAGGUUAUGGGGGGAAAUAACGAAUAUGAGAAAAGAACUGGCCAGAGAUAACCCUUCCAAACUUUCUUUUCCUGGAAUUAAAUGUUUAUAUUUAUUUUGAUUAUCAUUUUAAAGAAGCACUUUACUCCCUUUUCACUGAUCACAUGAAUGAAGCCAUCUUAUUUCAAGAGGUGCAGCCAUUCCAGAAAAGAAAUGGUGUGAUGAUGUUUUUUGUUUUCAGUUUUGUUUUUGUGUUUUGUUAAAGGAAAGAGGUAUCUCUGCUGCAAAGUUGAAUCCACUGAAACUUAGGCUAGCGCAACAUUAGUUCUGCCUGUCUAGAAAGUCAGAUCCCCCAGGUUGCCUGCUCUGUUUGUUCAAACAACAAAAAAACCUGUUGUAAUUCAAACUCUGACUGCAUUUUAUUUAGCGUAAAUUAGGUUUUGACGGUGCCCCCAUAUGUAUUUAAAAGUUAUUUUCUACAUUAAAGUAGAGUUGAUUUUUUACUGUAGUUAAAGCAAUCAGCAAAACACUACAUAAACUAGCUUAGUUUUUCAGUCAGGAUCAGCCUUCUACAUUUUAAAUAUCACAUUCGGCUCUUUUAGAGAUUUCCUGCAAGUGAUUAAUAAUAAUAUAAACAACGGAAAUGAGUUGACCACCAGUGGUAAAAUUAGAUUUACUAAGAAUGGUUUUAACUAACAGGAGGUCCAAUAUCUGUAUCCUAGUGUUCCAGAGAAUAUUUUUGGUUAAAGGAGACAAAAUGUAGGAGUAUUGGCUACAAUCUGAAAUGCUUGCUCCAAAAGGGAGUUUAGCUGAAAUUCCCACUAGUACAAGGAGCUGUGACAUUGCAUGCCCUAACUGUUUAAAGCCUAUUCUUAUUUAAAUUUAUUUUAUUAGAAUAAAAGGGAAUGAACUGAUUAUUUGAAUAAAUACUGAAGAUGGGGGGAAAAAAGGAAGGGCUGUUUAAAAUGUUACUUAGGUCAAGAGGGCACUCCCUAUGAAAUGGGUCCUCUUUAAUUAGACAUUUUUAAAACCUCCUGUCCAAGCCAGAAUUGUGAUUACUAUAUAUUUUGCUGUCUCCUGUUUGCUAUUUCUGACCCAAGAAUUUACAAUGAACUUCCACCUUAAUCCCACCAAAAAUGUGCUCUUGUAGAUUCUCCCUUUAAAAAAAAAGUACUAUAGGAUCACUUGUUUGAUUAAAGUAAUUUAAAAUGCCUCUGCUUAGUAAAGUAAGAAGCAAAUCUUUCAUUUAUUGUAAAGAUGGCUACUUGAUAAUAGCCAGGUGACCACCUCCUCCCAGUCCCCAAGCCAGCAACAGAUUUGCAUUGGCCAUCAGAUUUUGAUUCUUGUUGUGUGACUGUCUUAAGGAUCUAGUUAAUACAAGGAUAUUCAUGAUUAACCAUUCCCCCACCGCUACCUUCCUUACCUUAUUCACUCAGGCCAUGCAUUUUUUAUUUGCCCAGUGGUACAGCCAUUUAAAUGAACAGAGCAGCAGGAUGUGUAAUGUUGUAUUGAGCAUCCAUAUGAUUGCCACUUUGUUUGAUGGACAUCUUGCAUUCAUAGGCAUGGAAAGGCUAAUCUGCACUUUCCUCUUCUUCCCUACCCCUUCUUUUGCUCUAUAUAUUGUCUGUUAACUGCUGUACCUACUACUUACAUCCUCCAUUAGGCUGCCUUUGUCCUCUUGUAACCCACACAAAAUCAGCAAGACUGUGAGUAGUGCAGUAAGCCACACAGCCGCAGAUGCUGAUGAGUGCAAGAGGACGAGCAGGCCUGGAGAAGUGACAAGAUUGUUGUGGUUGGAAAAUCAAUGUUGUCCUAAAGCUGCUAACUUUUGUACAGAGGAUGUGGACAUUUAGGUUCUUUUUGAGCCACAUAAGAAACACUGGACCAGUUGAUGGUAAUUUUGCCUGGAGUUACGCUACUGUUUUCACCUUAGUUAGACUUGCUGUGACAGCAACAGACCAAUUUUUCCUACACUCUCUAGUUACUGUACGGUUUGAAAGUGGCCACCUCUCCUUCGUUUUGUUCUGCGUUCAGAUUUUUGCAGUCUGCAUUCACCUUGAAAAUAAGGCCUUUCGGUUUGUGCAGUAUUCAUGUGCCAAAUUUGUGUAAUACCUUUUGCCUUUUAUAUGAAGCUUGUUACAAGCCACAUAUCAGGAAAAGUGGGUUUAUAUCAAAAUCUAGAAAGUAAAACAAAUAAUAAUCCAGGGAGGGGGGCCUUGACACAGGAGACCAAUAGAGAGCGUGGAGGAUUGUUUGAAAUCGGGCAUGCACCCAGACUCAGAGCUGUUACGCAGCACCUUGCAAUCCAUAUACUUUUUAGUUCAUGGUCUCUGUGCAAAUAUACUCAGGCUACAGUAUAAAUCAUGUAGGCCUUUCACGAGCCUAUUAGGUGGAUUGCAUUUAGCACCGUCAUGGUCCUGGUGUGUCAUCGCUGCUGUCCACAGCACUUUAUAGUUUCCUAUUCUGGUGUCUGCUCUUUCAUUACAAACAGUCCCAGGAAAAAGGAACUGUUUAAACAUAUCAGCCUAUUUAUAUAUGAAAUAAAUACAUUAGGUGACAGGAGCACUUGGCAAUUUUUGUGAAAUUUACUUUUGUAUUUUGUUUUGUUUUUUUUAAUUUGCCUGAGAUGAGGCAUUUGGUAUUAGUCCUUUGAAAUGAGGUCCCAACACCUAUGGUUUGCUUGGCUCAGUCAUGGCAAAAACAUUAAGUAAUAGCCUGCCUCGGUAGCUCUGUUAUAGCUCAUUUGAGAGGAUGAAAGCCUGUUUUUUAAAAAGAUAUUGGCCAUCAGCUCUUGUGGAGUGUAUCUGAUGCUGGAAAGUUUCUGGGGAAGAGACAGACCGGUACUAAAUGAUACAGCAGGGCUGGAGGCUGUAAACAAACAUGUUUCCUGUCCGGUUCUUUGUAUGGUUGGGUACUGUGGCAGUUUUUUAACAACUGUCUGUCAAGCCAUACGCUUCUCAAUCAUGGUUCUCCACAGCGCAAAGGAAACACUGUUCUCAGAUGACUACUGUUCCCAGCCAGCACAACAAGGAAAGCAUUCAAAGCUUUGCUGUCCAGUUAGGCCCAUUUCUUUCCAUGAGCCCUCAGUUAUUCUAGCCCACUAGUGGGGCUUUUAGUUACCAUUUAAGGGGCGGGUUUUGCUUUUAGAAUUUUUAAACAGAAUGUGAAAAUGCAUUACACCUGAUCAUUUUAAGGGGUGUGUUUUUCAGCAAUGUUUCUGUUGCCAAACGCACUGAAAAUAGAUAAGGUGGGGAAAACCAUGUAAUCUCUUUGCCACUUUUGAAAAAUGUUGUUUUGGUGAAGCAGGGGUUUUUUGGUUUGUUUUUGUUUUAACAUGGAAGUAUUUUUCUUAAAUGAUGCCACUUCCUGGAGCCAAAUGCUAAAGAUCACCAAAUUGGAAGCAGAAGUGCCAUUAAAUGAACUCUGUGAAUGUCAAGUCAAAUUGCACCUGUAGCUAGCACAUAAAGACAACACUUAAGUGUGGGUUGAUCUCCCACACUUUAACUUAAAAAAAAAUAAUCCUCAUUUUAAUUGUAUUGUGUGAAAUGUCUUGGGAAAGGAGUACAGUGUGUUUGUCUAGUGGGUGAGACUUCCCUCCCUCCCCUCAGUUUCUGAUGAAGUUUUAUUAAAGAAUCGUGUUACUGUAUGUUUUGAUCAUGAGUAGUCUGGUGGUGCUUAUUCAUAGCACAAGCUUAAAUCAAGGACUGAAAACAGUCUUACAAGCUAAAUGUCUGCAUGAUGUUACAUCUGUUGUACCUACUGAAAAACUUUGUAUGUAAAUGUACAGAAAUAAAAAGGUGUUGCCC